AUGGAAUCAAGCAAAGCAAAGCUUGAUGCAAAGCUUUGGCAUAAGAUUAAGAGGGAUUAUGGUCCUUUUAGUAAAGAGUUAAGUGCUGGCUUUUUGAGUCAGUACGGAACACUUUGCAUGCGUGAAAAUCCUGGAUGUCUGUUCAUUGCAACAAACCGCGAUGCUGUUACUCAUCUCACGGAUGCUCAAGAAUGGGCACGUGGGGGAUCUAUGGUUGGUGCUCUUAGUGGAUCUGCACAACGUGAGCCGCUGGUGGUUGGAAAGCCCUCCACUUUCAUGAUGGACUACUUAGCUAACAAAUUUGGAAUUCAGAAGUCACAGAUUUGCAUGGUUGGGGACAGAUUAGACACCGAUAUUUUGUUUGGACAAAAUGGUGGCUGCAAAACUCUUCUUGUGCUGUCAGGGGUAACCUCAUUGGCCAUGCUUCAAAAUCCUAACAACAACAUACAACCAGACUUCUAUACGAACAAAAUUUCAGAUUUUCUUUCCCUGAAAGCUGCACCUGUAUGAUCGUUUCAUGGAAUUGUCUCCUGUUCCAUGCGGCAAACGAUUUUUUAACAAAUAUUUAUUAUCUUCACUUA